AUGAAAAUAUUAAUUUGUCAGUCUAAAAAUAUAGUUAGAAAUAUUAAAAAAGAAAUUGAAAGAAAAAAACAAAUAUUAUUAAAAGAUUCAAAUGAACCAAAAGAAUUAAUUGUAGAAGUGAUCGAAGAAAUUAUUAAUAAUAAU